AUGAACCUGACAGAGUUUAAUCAGUCUGAUGGCUGUGAUCAUUUCUCCUGUCCAGAGAGAUCUGUAUCUUCUGCAGUUUAUAUCUUACUGUACAUCUGUUCAGCUGCUGUGGUUCUGCUAACAGUGUGUGGAAAUAUGCUCAUCAUCAUCUCUGUUCUUCACUUCAAGCAGCUUCACACACCAACAAACAUGCUGGUGCUCUCUCUGGCUGUGUCAGAUUUCCUUGUUGGUGCUUUAGUGAUGCCGCCAACGUUAAUCUGGAUGAUUGAGUCAUGCUGGAUUUUUGGGAGAGAUUUCUGCAUCAGCUUUUUGUUUAUUGGUGGUCUCCUCAUGAUCAUAUCAAUUUAUAAUGUUGCCCUGAUCGCUGUAGAUCGGUAUUUAGCUCUGUCAAACCCUUUUCUCUACACAAACACAAUCUCUACAAGAAUUAUGUGCAUUGUGGUUUCAACUAACUGGUGUGUAAAUCUGGUGUACAGUCUAGCAUUCAAUUAUUUUGUUGGACCCUUUACAAAUACUGUAAUGUGUCCUGGAGAGUGUUAUUACUUACUAAAUGAGGAUUGGUCUGUAACUGAUCUCAUAUAUUCAUUUAUAUUUCCACUUUCUGUCAUAAUCAUAUUGUAUACUCGAGUUUUUGUGAUUGUUAAGAAACAUGUCACUGCUAUCAGAGAGCUUAAUAAUCACACACGGCCUAAAACACAGAAAAUCACCUCACACUCCAUGAAAUCUGAGAGAAAAGCAGCUAAAGUCCUCGGUAUUUUAGUGUCUGUGUUUCUGGUGUGUUUACUUCCAUAUUUUAUUUAUAGUUUAUUAGGGAAUGUUAUUGAACUACAGAUGGAAACAUUUCUAGUUGUGGUUUCUCUUAACUCCACAAUUAAUCCCUAUAUUUAUGCUCUGUUUUACUCGUGGUUUAGGAGGUGCAUUCAUAUAAUCAUAACUCUGAAAAUAUUUAAAAAAGAUUCUGCGUUAAUAAACAUGAUUUAA